ACUGUACUGACGGCGGACUCGUCGCUCUCAGCGUGCAGUCACCGCCAGUCAGUUGUCUCGCGUCGUUGGUGCCGGUCGACGCCCCGACUCCCAUACAACCACUCCAUGAUAUUCCGUUCAGUUGCAACAGUGUUAAAAAAACAGUGUAUUAACAAAUAAAUAAGUGUUAAAGUUACUGUGAACAGUGAAAGAAAUCCGCAAUAUUUACAUCGCAUUGAGUUCCUUUUACAACAUUCGGAACUUUGUUAAAGCAGUUCAAGGUUAAAAAAGUUCCUGUAACGCCGUCCAUUGCGGCUUUAAUUUAACAAAUAAUCAUGGUGUGUUUAUGAGUGAGGUAGUGGUGGGGAGGCGAGAUGGGGCAGGCGCGGUACAUCGCGUGCGCGCUGCUCAUGCUGUGUCCGCUCGCGCUCACAAGGCACGAUGACGACUUCGCAUUCGACAACAGCGAAGAAUUCCAGGUUGAAUUAACAGCAAACCACUCAGAAAUAGCAAAAAAUGGCCUAAGGAGGUUAUGGGGCGUGCCCGACACAUCGGCCUAUGUGGGACAUCUGUUCCGAAUGGAAAUCCCUAAGGAAGCUUUUUCGGGAAAAGUAGUAGCUUAUAAGGUUCGUAAUGAAGAUGGUCGACGCAUGCCGAGUUGGCUGGCCGUGGACUCGAGGCACGGUCUGAUCAGCGGCGUCCCGCAGAAGCAGGACCUCGGCACCCACACGUUCACCGUCACCGCGCACGGGAACACCCGCGGACUCACUGCGACUGACUCUUUUACUAUUGAGGUGAAGAAGGCCCAAGACAAGCCCCACUCGAAGUACGGGACGUGCGUGGGCGACGAGAGCCGGCUCGUGCUGGUCAUCAUGAUCGACGGCUCCUUCCACAAGGUGUCGCCGCGGCAGAGGAUACGCGCGCUGAUGCAGCUGGCCAACUUCAUGGCACUCGAUGGGGACGAGUUCUGGAUGGAGCCCUAUAAGACGGAGACCCACUCCGAUACGAUCAUGAGUGGAGUUGGCUCCGCACAGCGCAGGCACGGAGACGCCACUACCGCCAUCUAUGUCAAUGUGGGUUGCGGCAACAAGCUGUGGAGUCAUCACAAAGUGUUGGUAGCAGGUCUACGGGAACAGUCUCGUGACGGUACACUUGCUCACGUGCUUCGCCUGCCCGUCAUCGGCUGGCGGCUGCUCGCGCUGCAGCCCGCGCCCAGGAUCAAGAGACAGCUGGAAGGCUCAGGUGGCGGCAUCUACGACACGGAAUACGAUGGUGACGAUGAUGAGGCUGAAGCCGACGCCGACUACAGCGGCUACGACGAUAACGACGAUGAGGACGGCUACACUAACAACGACGUCGGCAUCACUGAUCUGCAUAACGAAGUUGGCAUCACAGCUCUCUCUUCAUCACCAUCGGAGACCACAAAUGUGAACUUCUCAGUGACUCCCACGCGGCCUGUGAGCCCCCGACGUCUUGACACAUUCCCUCCAGUCGUACUAGAAGAAACCACCACUUUAGAACCCGAGGUGCAAACCGUAAUAAUCCGUGAGUCGAACGAACUCCCCCCGCUGUCGUCGACGGAGCCGGCGUCCCCGUCUCCCUCGCCGGAGCCGACGACCGCCAGCUCGGCCACCGCGGCCAGCAGCCCCGAGCCCGCCAGCAGCGCGGCCCCGCCCAGCAGCCCGGCCCCGCCCACCACGCCGCCCACCACCCCCCCGCCGCCGACCACGCUGCCCACCACCGUGCCCACCACGUUGCCCACUACCACGCCCAUACCUGAGACCACCUUACAGGAGGUCACCAAACAGGAAACGAACCCAACUGAGGGUAGGAGCACAAUAAUCGGUCAGACUACUGAAACUGUGACGUGGGCAGCUCACAUCAACCAACCACCGACGCUCAAACACCACAUGAAGAAGCUAGCCAUCACUGCUGGCAAAGCAUUCAGGUACAUUAUCCCGGCUGACCUAUUCACGGACCCGGAGGAGGGCAGCAACCUCACGUUCACGAUGUACGAGGCGGAGAGCGUGCCGCUCAGCAACAACUCUUGGAUACAGUUCAUACCUGCCGCAAGAGAAGUUUAUGGAUUACCGCUGGAAGCCCACGUGUCUCGCUGGAACUUCAUAGUAGAAGCUCAGGACAGCGAAGGACUGGUUGCCCGUGGGCCCCUCGACAUCACCGUACAACAACACAAGAGCGGUCGCACCAUCAACCAUCAGUUCGUCAUGGAGUUCAAACUCCAGAAAGAAUACAACAACGCCAUAGACUGGCAGAUUCGAGCAUUAGAAGGGAUUGUCAACCUUUUCAGGGAUACAGACAUGGAUCAUUUGACUGUGUUGAAUACGACACAGAAUGGUGAUAUGUGCGAGUUUGUGUGGACUAAUGAUACGUUACCAAAGGAUCCUGCUUGUCCCAUGGAUGAUAUCAAUAGGUUGAUGAAGAUAAUGGAAUCCAGCAGCUCCCCCGGGUCCGCGUCGGCGGGUCUGUCCCGCGCCAUGCAGCCGGAGCUGGCGGCGCGGGGCGUGCGCUGGCGCGGCGCGGGGCGCUGCGCGGCGCCGCCCGCCACGCGCGCGCCCGACACCUACCCGCCCGUCACCAGGAACCAGGUCGACCAUCUCACCGCCACAGUGUCGCAUCUCUUCGUCUACAAGGUGCCCGAGGACACCUUCUUCGACCCGGAGGACGGCGACACCCGCAACCUAGCUCUCUCUCUCCGCUACAGCGACCGCACCGAGCUGCCGGCGGGCCACUGGCUGCAGUUCGACGCCAAGAACCAGGAGUUCUACGGCCUGCCCGCGCCCAGCGACGAGGGCAGCGUGUCCUACCAGCUGAUUGCGGAGGACUCAAGCAAAAAGAGCGCCUACGACAGUCUCAUAGUAGAAGUAGCGAAGGCACCCACAAUCCGCCCGACAGUCGAGUUCCAAAUGACUAUGGAGUACCCGUUCCCGAUGCUUGCGUACGACGCCAACAAUAAGAGGAAGGUGGUGGAGAAACUUGCGGCACUGUUUGGCCAGAAAGAGACGGAUAAUAUCAGGAUACAGAGCAUCACUAAUAAUCCUACUACUAUUAUAUGGUACAACACAAGUCUGCCAAUGGAUCGCUGUCCCAAGAAAGAGAUCGAAGAGCUCCGCAAAAUGAUAAUAGUUGACGAGCGAGGGUCGACAGGCGCCGCGCUCAAAGAGAACGUCGACCACGUGUUCGAUAAAGACUUGAAAGUCAUGUCCAUAAGACUAAUACCGCUUGGCCUCUGCGCCGAGCAGAACACCAAAGUACCGAAGACGACCAUCCAGGUUCACUCAGGGUCGUCGAACCUGCAGAACAACAAGGCCAGUAACGCCGCAGACCAGAGCUAUCUGGUAACCUUCAUCAUACCCGCUGUCGUCAUCGUCUGCAUGAUAUUACUCGCCGGCAUCAUUGCCUGCGUGCUCUACAGGAGACGGCGAACAGGCAAAAUGAGCGUGGGCGAUGAAGAGGAGCGGCAGGCGUUCCGCUCGAAGGGCAUCCCGGUGAUCUUCCAGGACGAGCUGGAGGAGCGCGGCGAGGAGCCGGCCGCGCACAAGUCGCCCGUCAUCAUGCGCGAGGAGAAGCCGCCGCUGCUGCCGCCCGCGCCCGACUACCGCGCCGCCGACGCCGCGCCCUACCGCCCGCCGCCGCCCUUCGCCGCCUCGCGCACGCCGCCGCGCCCCAAGGCCACGCCCACCUACCGCAAGCCGCCGCCCUACGUGCCGCCCUAACUCCCCCCCCCACCCCGCAGCCCGCCCACAACACCUGCUCCGGCCACCGACGCUGCGGACUCCACUAGUCGACGAACACCGACAGUUCAUUUCUUAAUUAAUUUAUUUAACUAUUAAAUCUUUCGGCAGCAUUCGUGCACCUACAAUGAAAUGCAUUUAUAAAUUAGUUAGAAGAGUAAAUUUGUCGACGAAACGAGGAAUUGUGCACAGUUUAAUGUGACUACGAAUUUCUUAUAAUGUAAGUACGUCACGAAAUUAUACCUUGAGACUAAGGUAGAUGACGAUUUUUCAAUUAUGUAAAAACUGGAGACUUCACAAUAAAAUAAUGUACCUAGUGUUAUUGUUGAAGUAGAUGAUGUUACAUUAGCUCUUAGGUUAAGCGAAGUUCAAUCGAAUGAAUGGUGUCGAAUGCAGUCUUUAAACAAUUUAUGCAUGCUGUAGAGUGAGAAGGAAAUAUAUAAAUUAUACAUUAUUAAAAAUUGAGAAUUUAAUGAUUCGUGAAUCUUAUGCAACUUAACGCAUUUUUUGAAUAAAAGUAACUUCAUGUUGGCAUGCCAAUGUCAAUUAUCUACAACUUAUUUAUUUGCUAAUGUACCAAAAUGACAGUAAUAAAGUGUUUGGCAAAAAGCGUGCCAUUGUUUCGCAGUUGUUAUUUAAUGUAAUUUAAAAUAUAACAUAUCGAAAGUGUAACAUUUUAGCCUUUAGCGUAGAUCUUCCAUACACGUUAUAUUUAUAAGUAGUGCGUGUGUGUGUGAAGUACAUUUGAGGUUACUUGUGUGCGGCGGUGUGACGCCACAGUCCCCCGCCAACAAUUUAACGAAUCGCUGUUAAUAAUGCAUGAAUUGGUCAUGAUUAGCUGGUGUGUAAACUAUAAAUUACAAUUAACAUACUAUUGUAAUGAAAUAUACAACUGACUCUAGUUAUAGGCUACGAAUAGAUAUUUUUAAGAAUGGAAUAUCAUUUUGUACUUGUCUAAUAUUACCAUAGUUUGUAAGGUUAACAAAUUAUGUAAACUUAGGGACUUGAACGAAAUGAGCUAUAAUAAUAACUUUUCCUUUGGAUGUAUUUUUUUCUACUGUAUACUCAUUUAGAGUUUUGCAUUUAUAGAUCUUUUUAGUGUUAUAUACAAUUUUAUAGGCCAGCUACAUUCAAGUGUUCAGUUGAUUUUAAGUUUUGUGAUAGGCGUACUUAAAUGUCCACAUAUAAAACCGUACCAUUUUCAUUCCUUCUGUCUUAUUCAUAGCUAUUGUUUUCCCCUUUAAACCCGUUCUAAUUAUAUACGCACAUAAUUUAUGUAAUUAAUGAGCUUUUUAUUUUAAAUAAAUAAAAAUUGGUCUAGAAACGAA